CUUUUAUCAAUCAUAUUCAACAUGGAUUCAAUUGGAAAGAGUCUAGUUUAGGGGUGGAUGUCGUCUAUUCCUUUUGUAUUCUGUGGAAGAAAGGCUUUUCAUUAGGCCCAUGUGGCUGAUGGUCACAAAGUACUGGUCUAUGUCUACAAUUAAUAUUGACAGAAAAUGGAAAUGAGGGACAUUGAAGGAAAUGAAUGUGCACUCACGUGUGAAGCCAGGGGAGGUGUUCAUAUUGAAGCCUAGAUGUUCAUUACACUCUGGGAAUGCGCACUGCGCACCUACCUAUACAGCACAUUCUGAUUUCAUCCGUGCAUCCAGAGCCAUAUUUAAACAGGCCUCCAGCUCUGGUGCACCUGUCGUUGCUGCCCAUCUUUUCUGGGACGGUGAUGGCCCGUACAACAUGUCAUAGACAGACGAUGCUUGCAGGGUUACCCAACCACAUAGCGCCGGGCGGCCAAACUGACGUUUCUUGAAGGUAUGUAGCUAUCAAUGGAGCAGCAAAUUCAGGGUGAGUCGUCAGGCAAAUACGACGCUACUACCAGCUACCAGCACUUGUUGCUGCUGCGCAGAACUACUGCGCAUCAUCGGGCGAGAGAUAGUGGCCGAAUUGCCAAUAGGAAAGUAUUGGACCUAAUUUUCUGAACAUAAUUAACAAUGGAAAAAAAAUGGUAACCAAAAAAUCUUGUAAGGGACAAUGAGUUUACAACUCAAUUAUAGUGGCAAUGGCAGUUCGGAGCGGGAGGACGCGGGAGGAACUGAUGAGACAGGUGAACACGACUUUGCGCUUAUAAAAGCUGGGGUUUUGGGAUUGAUUUUUGUCUUAGCCACAUGUGGGAAUUUGUGCCUUCUGCAUGCACUUUGGAGGAAGCGCAAGAUGAAUACAAGGACCCAACUGUUCCUUCUGCACCUGUGUUUUGCGGACCUAGUGGUCGCUUUCUUCCAAGUCCUACCGCAGUUCUGCAUGGAGAUUACGCACCGGUUCCGGGGCUCAGAUUUCGUCUGUAGGUCGGUGAAAUAUCUUCAGGUGGUUGGGAUGUUCGCCUCCACAUACAUGAUAGUGGCCAUGACCAUAGAUCGGUACCAUGCGGUCUGCAAACCCAUGGUGUCGUUCUUGAAGGGUUCUUUUAAGAGGUACGUCGCCAUAGGCGCAGCGUGGCUGGUCUCUCUGGCUUUCAGCACUCCGCAACUCUUCAUCUUCUCUCUCCAAGAACUAGAGGACAACCUGUAUGAUUGUUGGGCGACAUUUAUCGAACCUUGGGGUUCUAAAAUAUACAUCAGCUGGAUUACUUUAUCAGUGUUUGUUCUCCCGGUUAUCAUCUUGCUGUACUGCCAGAUUAAAAUAUGCACGGGGAUAUACUUUAACAUGAAGAGAAAGGCGCUCCAGGCUUCCACGAGCGACAGGCGCACGGGCACCAAAGGGGUCUCGAGCGCGAUGUUGAAGACGGUCAAAAUGACAUUCGUCAUCAUUAUGGUCUACUCGAUAUGCUGGAGCCCCUUCUUUGUGGUCCAGUUGUGGUCUGCAUGGAGUCCCAGUACAGCGCCCACAAAUGGUCCACUGUUUGUCAUCAUCAUGCUGCUUGCCAGUCUAAACAGCUGUACCAACCCCUGGAUCUAUCUUUACUACAGCUAGGAGACACUAUGUUGGACUAGCUCUGGCCCAGGGCGCUACUUUCAGCUUCACAGAAGGCUCAGCAUCAGCAAGCCACACAUACAUAACACCAUGGACCAGAGCUAUUGAUGGACCAUGUGGACAAUAUGGGAACUCCUCCUACUCCACUGCUUCACCUUGUACUGUAUGUAGCAUUUCUUUGAUGUCAUUAAGGACCCAUGGUUUAGACACAUGGAAAUAUUUGUAAAUAUCCUCGUUGAUUCAACAUCAAUAUUGGUAUGUCAAGCCGACCAUUUUAGCUCUCAGCAGUAAGCAAAUGUAAUGUAUAUUCUGUCAAGCUAAUAUUCUAUCAGAGGUGCAGGAACUGGAGCAGUAGAACAUUUGAGGUGGCGGGACUCAGUUCCGGUGAGCUCCUGUCCUAAUCAAUCACUGAUUAUCUGGGAUGACUGGCCACCAGAAAAACUAUUGUGAGGAAGGAUAUGGGCAUCGGUGAACAACGAAUGGUUGCUUUGUGAGUAUAAUGUAUAUUCUUAUCACGAUCUGGUCCAUUUAUUUAUUGAUGUGUUUGAGCUCUGACGUGU